AAUCAGAAUGCAAUUUUUCAAAAAGGCGCUUAAGUGGUGUUCACUAUAAGGACGACUUUGAUAAUUAUGUCUAAUUACGUAUACGGCUUAGUCUUUUGUCGAGUGUCGGUUUAAGCGCACAUAUAAAGUGUUUUUUUUGUAUCAGGACAUUGAAAGACGAAGUACAACCACACAAGAAAGAGAUAAAAAAUGGGUCACUCUUUGAAAGACAAUGUGGCUAUGGUGACUGGUGGAGCUGAUGGGAUCGGAGAGGCUAUCGUCAGGAUGCUGUUGAAUGAGGGAGCCAAGCACGUGGCGAUCCUAGAUAUUGCCGAAGCCAAGGGCCAGGCUUUGCGUGACGAGCUCAACGCCAAAAGACGGCAAUUUGCCAGCUUCAUCAAGUGCGAUGUGAGCAACGAAGAGCAACUGACAGCAGCGUACAAUGCCGUGGUCACCCAGAACGGAUGUAUCGACCUGGUGGUGAACAAUGCUGGGUUGUGUGAUGAGAAGCCAGAGACUUAUAUGAAGGAAAUUGCAGUCAAUUUUACUGCAGUGAUAUCCAGCAGUCUGAAGGCUCGUCAGCUGAUGCGAGCGGACCAGGGAGGCAGAGGAGGUACUAUCAUCAACAUAGCUUCAACAGCUGCUCUGUUCCUCUCCCCGCAACUACCUGUCUACUGCGCCACAAAGGCUGGAGUUCUGCACUUCAGUAACAGCCUCGGGAUGGAGACGUCAUAUGCCAGAACCAAGGUCCGCGUUCUGGCCAUAUGUUUCGGAAGAACCGACAGUAAAAUUACGAGGCAAACCGCCUUCAACUGCCUCGAUAAGGAAUUCGAAGACAGCAUGCUCGCUACCUUACACAGUUUCGAAGCACAGACGGCGGAGGUGGCGGCUCAAGGGGUCGCUGAGGCAUUCAAGCAAGGAGCCAGUGGAACCGCCUGGCUGGUCGCUAGAUCACGGCCCGCUAAGAAUAUCACCAAUGUCCUAAUCGACAUGUUCAGUUCUUUACAAGACGAAAUUUAGAAAUGCCAAACAUGUUCAGUCAUGAGCAAUAUAAUGUACCUUUAGGACUCUGUCGCACUAACAUAUUUGACAUUUAGUGAGACUUACAGUUCAAUUUGUCAAAAAAGUUAAUGUGACACGGUACCAAAGUGUAUACAUAUUAAUGCUCGUGACCGUACUUGUGUAUUCCGGUUAUUGUUUAUUUGCCCAUAAGGAUUAAACCAAUGUAAUCUA